UCCGUAUACGGCGGUGGUGGGUUAUCGCUUCUCUCAAAUAUAUCGCAACAAAAUGGAAUAGUACAGUCAACUAAGGGAUAUCUAACAUGCGUUGAGGAUGGGGAGGGCGUUUGGAAUAAUACUCUUAGCCUCGGCUAUAGCUAUCGCCUCCCUGCAGCCCAUACGCGGAACGAGGGGCGGGAAAUUCUCUGGUUUCUUCGGAUGCAAGUACAGCGAUGUCUGCACCGAAGACGAGGAAUGUAUAGACGAUGGCCUCUUUGGCAACUGCCAGAAUAUCCUAGCUGCCAAAGACCGCUUUCAAUAUGACCUUGACCUCGAUACCGUCAUCACGCUGCAGAGGGCGCUACAAAGGCUGAUAAGGGAAGACUUCUCGUGGGACAGCGUCUACACCCAGUGCGUCCUCGGCGAUGUCUUGUUAGCGUUCCGCGUCGACGCGAAGCCCGAUCUCGGCUUCUGUGACGCUGGUAUCGGUGAAGGGGGCGCUGGUGACGACUCUUCCGAAGAAACAGACGAGGAUGCAAAAAAAGAAGCGUCGCUACUUUUACAACGGAUCAUCGAAGAUUACAGAACAAAAAAUCCCGCCGGAAGUGAAGAAAGUGAAGAGGCUGAAACAAAUUACGCAGAUCCUGAUGCAUUCGAGAAAAAAGAUUCCAAUUUCGUCGAUAUUCACAAAUAUUUCAAAGCUGCCGAGCGCCGUGGGUCGAACCCCCUGUACGGGUACCCCAGUCCGGACGGUUCGGCGCAAGAGAUCUUCCAGUUAGGUCCACAGAUGCGAAAUUAUGACAAUUUGAAACCUAUGAACGACCGCCGGAUUUCGCAGCCGAGCGUUGCGAACCCGUGGGAUGACGAACCGCUGUAUGAGAGUGUCGGCACCCGCGGCGAUAGCAACGACGACGACAAUGUUGACGCUUUCCUGAGCAAGUUGGAUUUGAAGGAACUUGAGGAACUCAAUACGUAUCUCCAGGCAAUGAAACAAGAGGUGUUAGAGGAGAACCCUCAGGGUCUUGACAAAUACGUGUCGCCACCGUACAAGUAUGUCGAGGCCACUAAGCCGAGUUCGCUCUCCGACUUGUUGGAAGAUCAAAACAACCGGGACCCUGAGGAGGAAGAGGCUUUGGAAAUAGCUGAAAUUAUUGAAAAGGACAAAGAAGGAGAUUUAGAAAAGGCCGAAGAUGACAACCUUAUGACACCGGAAGAUGCCAAACUACUUGGUGAUCUCUUAGAUGGCCAGGCAAGGCCGCAGGAUCUCAGUAAUGAGGACAUUGAGAGAAUGACUCGUCACGUCAUGUCCAUGUUACAGAAACUUGAUGAGAAAGAUGGGUUACCUGAUCAAAGUCCACCAACGGCCGAUGACGAGAAUCUUGCAAUUGAAAAAGAUGCGGUCGAUAUAGGUUCCAUGCCAGCCAAUCUGAACAAAGAGCUGAUGAACUCCGAGCUUCUGAACAGCGACAACAACAAACAGUCGAACAAAGACAAUGACGAUGAUGAUGACCCUAGUCAGGAUAUCCCGGUCGGGAUAGAUGCGGAGGAAGAAAUUGAAGAGAUGGCUGAAGAUGAUGGUAAAGGCCAUGAAGUUGCCGCCGCAGCCAAAUCACCCGAGGACGAUAUCUACAUCGAUGGCAAUCAUGUCUACAUCACAAUUGACAGAGAGUUCCGCAGCAAUGACGAGGGGAGACGCCUGGUGGCCAGCCUCCAGUAUAUGUUGCAUCUCGCCUCGGGAACAUUCACGGAUGCUAGAAUCGAAGGAAACACAGUAACAUUCCGUGUGAACCCGAACUCGUUAAAUGUCAACGGAUCAGUGGUCGCUGCCCGAGCUGAAAAAGAUGAUGUCAAGUCAGGUCUCCUCCAGGGUGUGACUGUGGUUGAUGCAGGAAUUGGUGAUGGGAACUUUGGCAUUACCGUUGAAAGAAGGGGUCAAGAUGUUGUCACUAAGAAGCUCAAAGUCCCGGUCGACGGAACGACACCGAAAUACUUCGUAUUGACGUUCGUCCUCUGCGGCUGCAUCGCUGGCAUCCUAUUGGCCGUAAUCGCCAUCUACCUGAUCAAGAGACACACCCGCUCCAAGGCGAAGCUCGCCAAGUUAGCGGCCACGGGCGCUGGCGGCGAGGCCUCCAAAGAUUACGAAGACCUAUGUCGUCAGCGCAUGCAGACGAAGGCUUCUGAAAAGCCAGAGCCACUACAGAUCGCUGGACGAGUGUCGAGCGUCGCCAGUGAGGGCGCACCAGGCAGCUCCUCAAGCCGCAGUAGCACGUCAUCCUGGAGUGAAGAGCCGGUUACAUCGAACAUGGACAUCACGACUGGACACAUCAUUCUGUCGUACAUGGAAGAUCACUUGAAGAACAAGGAUCGCCUCGACCAAGAAUGGGAGGAGUUGUACACCUACGUGCCUGAGCCCAACGGAAGUGAGAUCGGAGGAAGCUCCCAGAACGCCAGAAAGAACCGAUAUAGUGAUAUACUGCCAUAUGACCAUUCUCGAGUUGUCCUCAACAAGACGGCCAACGUACUUGGAUCUGACUACAUCAAUGCUAAUACAAUUACCGAUCAUGACCCCCGGAAUCCAGCUUACAUCGCCACCCAGGGCCCCCUGCCGCACACAGUCGCCGACUUCUGGCAGAUGAUAUGGGAACAGGGAAGCGUCGUCAUAGUGAUGCUGUCGAAACCAACGGAGAACGGCGUGACAAUGUGCCACCGCUACUGGCCGGAGGAAGGAAGCGAUCUCUACCACAUUUACGAGGUUCAUCUCGUCUCGGAACACAUCUGGUGCGACGAUUACUUGGUGCGAAGUUUCUACCUGAAGAAUCUGCAGACGAACGAAACCCGGACGGUGACUCAGUUCCAUUUCUUGACCUGGCCGGAUCUUGGUGUCCCCGCAUCCGCCAAGGCCCUACUCGACUUCAGAAGGAAAGUGAACAAGUCUUAUCGAGGGCGGUCGUGCCCGAUCGUAGUCCACUGCAGUGACGGUGUCGGCCGGACAGGAACUUACUGCUUAAUUGACAUGGUACUUAACCGCAUGAGCAAGGGCGCGAAAGAAAUCGACAUCGCCGCCACACUGGAACACAUCAGAGAUCAACGAAUGGGCAUGGUGAAAACUAAGGAGCAAUUCCAAUUUGUGCUGGCAGCUGUCGCCGAGGAGGUGCACGCCAUUUUAAAAGCUCUGCCCCAGUAGGGGGCGCCCUCCCACGAAAUGAGACCAUAAAUAACAAACUGGACAAUUUCAUUAAAAAAAUUUGAAUUCUGCCGAAAAGUUUUACCCUUGUGUAAUAUGUAAAUGAGAAUGUCUGAUGCGUUCACCAGAGUUUUUUUCUUAACUUCAGUUGUCAAUUUACCUAGCUGUUCUAGCAUUUCUGCACACCCAGUCUACUGUCGCACCCACUCAACUUGGUUUCUUUAAAACACAAUUUUGUGUUUUGUUCUUUCUUUAAAAGAACUCAAACUGUUGGCAUAUCCAUUCCAAAAGAAUUGUACAUAUUUAUGUUGACUCUGUAACUCUUGAAAAUUCCAAAUUUCUGGCAGCAGUUUCCAAAUUCCGCAUAUCGGGAAUCUGUAGACGAUUUGACACUACAUACCCAGUAUGUCACAAUUUACGUCUCGAAUCCAUUUUAGCCAAAUUCAGCUGCGGCCACCUAUUGGGAGUUUUGUCUUUAGAAUUUCGGUACAUGUACCGGUGCAUAAGUGUUACCAUUUUUAGAGUGUUCCCUAGUGUUCCUGUGAGAGCAAUAACAGCAUAAGCACAUUGCACAAAAUUGACACAAUCUGUGCCGACACAAUUAGCAUAAAUCAGGUAUAUUCACAAAAAAAUGCACUUUUAAUUAAAAAAAAUUUCAAAUUUAAUUAGAUAAUUCUUCACUGUUAAUUUCAGGUAUAUUCCCAAAAAAAUGCACUUUUAAUUUUAAAAAAUUUCAAAUUUAAUUAGAUAAUUCUUUCAUUGAUUUUACUGUUAAUUAAUUUCAUGUUUUAAUCACGGUUUUAUUUUGUCAUUGAAUGUUGUACUCCCGGUAUACUUUUGUCAGAAUUCAAAUGUUUGAAAUUAGAUGGCGCCCGACAUAUCAGAGUUGAGAUUGAGGCUGUUGCUAUGGUAACAGUCCUGACGACCAAGGGCGUUCGCUCGAAGAAUCAAAGUACUUAGUAUCACUCUCGUAAGACUUUUCUCAAGAUUUGUGAAUGUCGUCGACGACCAGGACUCGAGUCAUCGAUCAAUGCACUUCACUGACAAUUACAUAAAUGUUCGUAAAAAUAUAUAAAGUGUAAUAAUAAAAAUUGAAUUGUGAAAAAAUGUAAUCAUGGAAAAAAUCUCUAUUUUGAGUUAGAAUCUUUCACACUGUCAACUCUCCAACUAACGGCAACAAAGACAUGAUUUCGGGUGAAAAUCUGAUUAAUUGGAUUUCGGGAAAUUUAUCAUUUUGAGAGAUUUCACCCGAUGUCAAUUCAGAAUUGCGUGUAGAAUAUUUCAAAUUGUGGACUAUGAAUUUAGUACAUGUUUUGGUGUUACUCUCUCUCCUCAAUGUAGUCGUGGAUAAUAACUUUGUCGGAAAUAUUAUGUGAUGUUGACUUUCGAGUUUCCGACCUUGUUGCUGUGUGGGGCUGUCUUCCAUGUUUGGGUUGGUCCAGGCCAAUCCUCGAGGUCAUUUUAAUUGUCAGCGUUUCACUCAGUGCCAAGACUGUUGUCAUAAAUUUUCAGCCUGGUAGGUCCAGCGUACAGUUAGUUUGAGAUCCGAUGACUUAUUUUGAGUUCAGAUUACUCAUUUUGAGUUCAUAGGACUCAUAUCGAGUACAUUUGACUCAUUUUUAGUUCAUUUGAAUCAGUUUGAGUUGAAAAUACUCGCUAUAAGUUAAAAUGACUCAUUUUGAGUUUGUGAUUCAGCUCGAGUUAAAAUGACUCAUUUGAUUUGAAAUGACUCAUUUGAUUUGAAAUGACUCAUUUUAAGUUCAGAUGACUCAAUUUGCAUUGAAAUGACUCACUUUCGGAUGAAAAUUGUGUGACAUAUCACCCCUAUUUCAUCAGCUUGGCCCAGUCCAUGCAUUGUUAGGUACAGUCCCAUUCAGCUUUCAGGGGUGGACAAGCAAGUGCUGAAGUUCAUUCAGUGAGAGGCGAUUUUCUCGCUGCAAAACUGCCUCGGAUAAUCUAGUCGUUGUACACAUGUGUGCAAUAGUGCUGCCACCUUUAGACGCAUCCUGAAACAUCUGAGAAGGCGGUAGCGCGACUUGAAACGCAUGGUAUAAAGAAUUUGAACUUAGAAAUCUUCCUGUGCAAUGUGUACAACUGGUUUGGUGAAGCUGUUCUCUCCUUCGUAUUGCCCCCCUCCUAAUGCUAAAGCUGGCUCUUUAUUCAAAUUUGCAACCUCCACUGAAUUCUGUUCGUAUUGCAAUAAACUAGCAUUGAAAAAACUAUUGAAAGAGUUACAAAUGGCUAAUUCGUAGAAUUUGAGGUUUGGGAAUGGAAAUCAUUUAUUUUCAUUUUGGUACUUAUUUUUAGAAAUCAUGUGGCAAUACUAAGGUUUGAGAUAUAUGGACAUCUGGAAUUUAUUGUGUUAAACAUACAGAUGUUUGGUCCAGAUCAAAGAAUAAAUUUUAUUUUUUCUAGGAAUUUCAAGAUUAUAGAAAUAAAUUCCAGAUGGCCUUUAAUAGUCUUUGAUUCUAUGGCAACCACUUUUAGUUAUGUGUGUUUUAAGAUAUUUUAGCGUUGAUAAUCUAAUUUUAGCGAAUCAUCUUUUCUUUUUAUUUGAGUCAAAGUAUAGGACCAUGGAAUUUAGUCAAGGUUCUUUACUAUGAAUCUGUGUCUAUAUCCUUGGCCCUGUGGCUGUGGCAUUACUCUGACAGUGAUCACUUUUUCUUCAAAUAUGCAUGUAGAUUUUGUUAUGAGUAAAAGUCGAAAUCAGAAAUCAGAAAUCUUUGAAUUUAAAAUCCGAAAGCCAAGGAAAGAAGGAUGAGAAAGGCAAGAUUUUGUUUUCUGAAUGAUUUUAUUUCUGUUUCAGUUUUAAUGAUUCUUGAAAGUCAAAUUAUGGAGUGUUGAAAUUAUUGAUGAUUUUACGUUUUGACAAGAUUUAAUUACACGAUGAGGUCUCCCCGUCAUUUUGAAUUGUGCCUUUAGUGUGAAUUCGAAUAAGCCCAGUGAAAUAUUGUUAAGCUUCCAUAUAGUCUAUGCUAAUGAGAUGCUAAUUCAAAAGCAGGGCCUAAAUUCUGAGUUUGAAAGUAGCAUUAUCGAAAUUCUACAUCAAUGUUUAUGAUACACCCAUCAAAUUUGAGAAGACUAAAAAAUGAAUUGGCCAAAUAAAGGGAAACCCCUCUCUUUUAGAAAGGCAAAGGUGGACUUUAGAUAAACUUGUUAAGUGGAGUAUUCUAUGAAAUAUUCAUAAACAUGUAGAUAUAUAUUUUUGAAAAUUCUGUCAAAACUGCUUUUUCGUUAAUCCAAAAGCUGCCUGUGAGUAAUAGGGAUAAUAUUGAAAUGUAUGCUGUUUUGGAAAAGAAAACGAAUCCAGUCAAUUAUAUUCGGUAGAACCUCCCUUUAGCGGACACCACUCUAUCAAGCACAUCCUUCAUGUGGUACCGAAAUGGUUGUUUCCAUUCCAAUUUACCUUUGUAGUCAGGACACCUCGCGGUUAAGAACAAAAUUUGGCACUCCCAAGGGUGUCCUUAAUAGAGAGGUUCUACUGUAUAUUCAAAUGUUUAUAAAAUUCAUUGAAUUGGGCGGGAAAUGCACAGUUAGCAUUUGUUCUGCAAAAAAAUGGAAUUUGGCAUGUUCAAGUAGAAAGGUUUUGGCACAAAAUGACACAAAAAACAAAUUGUUUAACCCAUUGAUACGUGAUCCUUCAUUGUUAUUAUAUUAGUCGUUUUAAAAAUCUAAUUGUCUUCUGUCAUUGAGUUUGACCCCAGCCUCAGCUUUGUCCUUGAACUUUGACCUCUGCAGAACUGCCAUUGAUUGGCUGCUUCGAAAUCUUGAAAGUUAUUUUGGCUCAAAAGCUGUUAUUUUGAUUUUAUUUCAAAAAAGUGUGUUGGUCAUUAGUGGUUUUUAGAUUUAGAAUAGUACUACUCUAUUAUCACUUCUAUAAGGUCUGGUGAAUUACCGAUCUGCAGAAGUAGUGAGUUGCAUUGGUCGCUAUAUCUUAAUCAUCAGCUUGGCGUGGAAAAAAAAUUGUGUGACGUCAGAAUGAUGUCGAGGUCCAUAUAUAAAAGAGUCGAGGCAUGAAGAUUGGCUACCGACCUUAUAUUAGUGAUAUUAGAGUAAUUAUUCCUAGUAUUGGAAAGGAAGCUGAAGGUUAUGGAAAAAAAAUUUAUCUUGUCGAAAAUGCAUUUAACGAUGUUAUCCAUCGACUGUCAGCCAAUCAGAGAAGAGAAAUUGACAAUCCUAAUUAAUCGUUUCCAAAUCCUUUCCCAACUUGAUUUUGAAAUGAAAAUGACUAGUAUUUUAAACUAGUGAAAGAGAAUUUGCAGAAUUCUCAAUUGCUUUUUCUUUUUAUAGUGGAUUUAUUAAAAAGGACACUGAAAAUUUAUCUUCCACCAAAAACACGCGACAUGCGACAAAUUUAACAACUCUCUCUUUUGAUUGGUUGACCAUGACUUUGGAUCAUACGGUUUUGUUGUUGUCUAGCAAUUGUGAUGGUGCCAUAGAGCCAACGCAUUUAUUUUAUGGAUGUUGAAAUAAACGAGGGAUGCGCAGGAAA